AUGAAACAGGGGUUACGAAGUAAGGUUUGGUGGGAAGAUAUAGAUAAAGAUGCAGAAAAAUUUGUUAAAGCCUGUAAAGGUUGUCAAUUAGUACAACGUCCGAUAGAAUCACCACCUAUCAAGCGAAAUCAGUUACCAGAAAAAGCAUGGGAAACAAUUGCGAUAGAUUUAAUGGGGCCACUCCCAACAGGGGAAUAUUUGUUAGUAACUAUCGAUUAUUAUAGUCGAUUUGUAGAAGUAGCAAUUCUUGAAAGGAUAUCGGCGAAAGAAAUACAAGAAAAAUUAUUCGAAUUGUUUGCGAGACACGGUUUACCAAGGACAAUUGUAUGCGAUAACGGUCAUCAGUUUACGGAUGAAGGAUUAAAAAAUUGGCUAAAUUCCUACGGAGUAAAAGUGGCGCAUGUAGCACCGUACUGGCCACAAGCAAACGGAGAGAUAGAGAGACAGAAUAGGAUUACAAGAGUAACCCCCGCGGAAUUAUUGUUUAAUAGAAAAUUAAGAACGAAGAUACCGGAAAUAGAUAAUAGUAGUAAAUUCGUAGAGGAAGAAAUUAGAGAGCGCAAUAAAUGGUUAAAAGAAAAAGGAAAACAAUAUUAUGAUAAAGCAAAUAGAGCUAAAGAGUGUGAAUUAGGUCAAUGGAAUUGCGUAUUAAUCAGGGCCCCGAAAGAAAAUAAAUUAAGUCCGAAUUUCAGCCCGGAGGAAUAUAAAGUAAUUGACCAAAAAGGAAAUUCAGUAACACUAGAGUCAAAAGAAGGAAGGAAGUAUAAAAGAAAUUUAACGCGAGUAAGAAAAGUAAUAGAUUUAGAAAGCGAAGAAUCAGAAAACGAGGAGGAAGAAGUAAUUAGUAAGGAAAAGGAAAAAGUAGGAAAUGAUCAUAGUAGAACAGAAAAUGACAAAAAUGAAAAAGUAGUAGUAAGAAGAUCUAAGCGCGAAAGAAAACCACCGGAGCGAUAUGGCGAUUAUAGAGCACAUUCAUUAGUUGAGGACGAUGUAACGAGAAUGGAAAAGGAAAUGCAGAACCAAUUAAGGGAGAAAGCGAAGGAAGAAAGAGAAAAAAGAAACAAGGUCAAGGUAGAGUACGGAAAGAUUAUGACAGAAGACAGAUGGUAUCGAUGGAACACAAGAAAGAAGAAACUAGAAAAAAAGAGAAUAGAAGAGCAGGAGAAGAAUGAGAUACAAGCGGCUGGGAUGGAAAAGAGAAGAAAAAGGGGUUAA